UCAUGUCCCCCACACAAUAUUUCUUAUCAUUGGCUACUAUAUAUAAAGCCCUUCACCCGAAGCACUAGACCCACCAUCUGAAUCACAGGCUGUUCUUAAACUACUACUGAUCUAAGAAUAACAUACAAAUAUUGGUUGCAUCAUACGUUUACAUAUAAUCGUUUACUCAUCCACAAGAUUUAACAGGAAAAAUGAGUUGGUCUGGAGGAGAUUGGAUGUGUGGUGCUUGCCAGCACAUAAAUUUCAAGAAGAGGGAUGCAUGCCAAAGUUGUGGAUACCCCAAGUUUGGAGGCCCUGACCCUACAACCUACAGAUACAACUGGUCUGAAGCCUUGGCAGGGGACUGGUAUUGCACAGCUAUGAACUGUGGAGCUCACAACUAUGCCAGCAGAUCAAGCUGCUAUAGAUGUGGUUCAUUGAAAGAUGGUUAUUCUUGUAGAUUUGGGGGAAACAUGGAUACCCCUGUAGGAUAUGCUUCUGAUUGCAAUUUUCCCCCAGGGUGGAAGACUGGUGACUGGAUUUGCACUAGAAUUGGGUGUGGAGUGCAUAACUAUGCCAGCAGGACAGAAUGUUUCAAGUGCAAAACACCAAGAAAUUAUGGUGACGCAGACUAAGAGGAUUCACAUCUUUCUUCAGCAAACUUGUUAAUGUUUUAUCUAGUUAAGGCCUAGAGUAAUCACGGGCAAAGGUCCUUUGUCAUAGUCACGACCACGCUUUUUCCUUUCGAAGUUGUUUACUGAUAGAUGCUUUGAAAAGAAAGUUAUGAAAUCCAUAUUUAUUAUCAAUUAGUAAUAUUUAUUGGCUAAAUGACAUAAUUAAGCUUUAAAACCAAUAAUAAAACUUGGAUCUUGCACUAUCCCUUUUUGCUUCAGAGAAUGUGAGAGACAGAGGAAAGGUUUGAGGAAGAGACAGAAUGUGUA